AUGGCGCAGUCGGGCAGUGUUGAGGACAUGAGGCUUCUUCUGAAUGUGACAGCGCGGUCACUCGCAUUGGUGAAUGAAGGCUUGGGGCCGCCGAAAGUGACGGCCUACGACUACGUCGGGCGGGUGUGGCCUCACUGGGCCACCUUUCAACACUACCUGCCUGGAGGGAUGCAUAUCCUCCACCCGGACACGGACAAAGGUGAGCAUUGCAUCUCGCUCGCCGUGUCCUUCUCCACGCAUGGUGACGACUUCGGCGGCGGGGAGAUCAAGAUCUAUGGAUGCCCUCCAACAGUUCCCGACUGUGGCAACAGGGGACGCGCCCGCACGCGGGUGCCCCUGGAGGGUGGACCUUACGCAAGGCGUUGGCCUAAUGGCAGCAUCUUGCCCUUGGCACCUGGAGAGUGGCUCUGGGAUGGAGAGCCCGAGAGUGCGUACACGGUCAAGGACACGCUUCGCCCAAAGAGCGGCCGAGCGGUCGUUUGGCUGAGUGAGACGGUCCACCAGGUGCAACCGGUGCAAUGGGGUUCCCGCAAGAGCCUCUUCUACUGGUUCACCUGCAAGGAGCCGCUUCAGGAUCAGGCUUUCGACUGGUCCGGGUACGCGGAACGCUUCUUAGAGGGUGGAAUCCGGUCACUCUUCUCGGAGGCCUCUGGCAAAGCUGCAAAAGGAAGCCCAUCCAAGCUGUGUGAUUAG